AACUUAAGUGCUGAAGAUCAAGAACAACAUGUAGCUUGAUAGACUGCAGAGAUCUUAACUUUGGAGGCUUCUCGGGGAAAAAGAAGCCCAAAUGCCUAUCCAAAAUAACAAGGUAGGCAAUGAAGCAUGCAUAAACUCCCAGAAAGUCAGAGAAGAAUGCUCCGCAGUGGUGGAAGGACUGAAUAAGGUGGUGGCAUGCUACAGACACUUGGCAGUCUCUGUUGGAGGCUCCUCCGACAGUAAACGUCUUCGUGAUGAAUUGAGACGCACCCGAGAAAGGGCCCAAGAGCUGGCACUAAGCAACAGGAACACAAUUACAGCUGCCCUUCGGGAUAAACAACUGAGCAAAGAAGACCGCAUGGAGUUAGAGAGCCUGUGGGUCCAGUUUUCCAGUUGCUUGGAGCAUUUCCACACUGACAUGUGUAAGGUGUAUGAGCUAGGCCUGUCUGUUCCCCUCUCUGCAAACAAUCAGCCAGCGAUACAGACUGGUGCUACAGGCAAUACUUCCGCUAUUGCCUCAAGGGCACUGAGUGUCCAGAACAUUACCUACGAGUCACCUUCAGCAAAUAACAAAGGGAAGCUGGAACAUGCAGAGCUAGAAAAUGAAAUAUUCAAGGUGGACCAGAUGAUCACUGACAUGGAGCUAAAAGUUAAUGUCCUAAGAUGGACUGUAGAGGCAACAGUAAAUAUGAAUGAUGAGCUUGACAACAAUGAUGUCUCCUCCACAGCUUUGCUCUCAAUGGAUGAAAAAGAAAGUCGCAACUGCUGUAAUGGGUGCACUUUACUGUGUCUUUGAUUUUGUUUACUGCAGCAAUAGUAGUUGUCACAUGUUCUUCUGUGCUGUAAAUGUGAUAUAAAAUUCCUAGAUAGUGUUGCUGUGUUUUGGUUUACUACUAUUUAUAUGAUUACAAUUACAGCAUGGAUUUAAUUACAUUUAUGUGUAUGAAAUUUGAGGAACAGAAUAUGUAUUUAAAAAAUGCUACCAAGUUAGUCAGUGACUACAUUACAGGUGUCUAGACAGCAAUACGGGAGCCCAGCUGUAAUAAAGAGAAAUAAAUUAAGAAAAUAAAAAGUCGUUAUCCCACGGCAACAAAGUUAUUCCAUAUUUUAUUUUAUAAAGAAGCAGGCAAAGCUAGACUUCUUCAAAUAUAUAAAUAUUUGUUCCCAGAUUAUUAUACCUGUGUGAACCUAAAGUGUAAAUUCACCAUCAGGAAAACUUUCCAUAAAACCCCCUCCUAAUCAAUACUAUAGGGUUGAAUUACUAAAACUAGAGAGUGCAGAAUCGGGUGCAACGCUGCAUAGAACCCAAUCAGCUUCCAAGUUUUUUUUUGUCAAGCUUAAUUGAUUAAGCUGAAGUUAGAAGCUGAUUGGCUACCAUACAAAGCUGCACCAGAUUUUGCACUCUCCAGUUUUAGUAAAUCAACCCCUAUGUCCUCAGAAUAGUACAUGCCAUUUCUCCUCCUGUUGUAAAUGGUGCUACUAUUACAGAUGCAGCUGUUGGUGGCCUCUCUAAAAAAAAUUGCUAGCCAGUUGCAGGACAGGCUGACCAUUAUAGUAAUACGCCCCCUAGCAACCAGUCCUGGCAGUUCAAACUUUGUGUCUCUCCACUCCGGGCUGUUCAAACCUUGCACAUGCUCAAUGCGCGUUCUCCGUCUC